ACCUUCUAAAAAUAAAAGUUCAUACCACCCUGACACAAGUGCCUCCGGCCAUCAGCGCAUGCUGCUGUUGCCCAUGCUGAUGGCGACAUACAAAGAACAUUCAUCGAGAGAAACAGACAUUGAUGAAGUGCUUCAGGACACACACUGUAUUCACCAAUGUUUCGAAAGGGGCAAGUGGGCGAAGAAAGAAGAUCUUGUCAAAGCCUUUGGCAAAGAGGACCAGACUGAAAUAUGUAAAGAAAUUUUAGCGAAAGGCGAACUACAGGUUUCAGACAAAGAACGACAAACUCAGCUGGAUUCUUUGUUCAAUGACAUUGCAACAACGGUUGCAGAUAAAUGUGUUAAUCCAGAAACAAAAAGACCAUACCCUGUGUCAAUAAUCGAGAAAGCUAUGAAAGAUGUUCAUUUCUCUGUCAAGCCCAAUCGAAAUGCAAAACAACAAGUAAGUUAAUAAAUUUAAUUGUAAGAUUUACAUUGACAUCAGAAAUGGUGGUUGAGUGUAUUUUA